AUGUCAUCAAGGUCUCCUGCUUGCUUUCAUGUUUAUCGAGGUCAAGGUAUGAGUCGAAAAGAAUUCGACUCCAAAGUGAGAAAUAGAGUUGGCGGUCUUCUUUCAUUCAAUAGCUUUCUCUCAACUAGCGAAAAUGCAGCUGUAGCAGAGAUAUUUGUUCUCCGUAACGAUCCGGAUAGUUUGGCUGUUAUUUUCGAUAUUAUUGUUGACGGAAGCAUGUCACGAUGUCCGUAUGCUGCUCUUGCUCACAAUUCUGCUAUUGCUGAUGAAGAAGAAAUCUUGUUUUCUAUGCACAGUGUGUUUCGUAUUCAAUCAGUUGAAGAAAAUACGGAUGAUGGUAUUUGGCAUGUGAAUUUAGCCGUGACGCAAGAAAACGAUCAACAGUUGCAUGCACUUACAGAUUAUAUUCGAAAAAGGAUUGAAGGUCCAACGGGUUGGGAUCGUCUGGAGAACCUAUUGAUGGAAAUGGGCAAAUGGAAAAUGGUAAAGCCUUUGAUUGAAGGAUCACUAGCAUUAAGUUUAAAUGAUAAAGAUUUUAGGAAACAAGCUCGUCUUCACUAUCAAUUGGGUUUGAUCAACGCCCAGAUUGGAGAUAAUGCAAUGGCAAUGAAACAUUACAAAGAAUCACUUACUGUAAGAUCUCCAACAGAUCUCCUGGGACUAGCAAUUACCCACAAUGGCAUUGGUUUAAUAUUAGAAGAACAAAAGCAUUUAUCGGACGCACUCAAUGAAUAUAAAUGUGCACUCUCCUUAAUUAAUCAACUCGACCAAAUUAAUAUCGAAGCUGUUAGUGCUGUUCGAAAUAAUAUUGCUAGUGUACUGAAAUCUCAAGGAAAGUUGUUGGAAGCAUUGCAUAUGUAUGAAGAAUGUUUGGAAUUGGAAAGCAAAUGCCUCCCAACUUUGCACCCUGAUUUAGCCAUAACUUACGCUAAUAUAGGUUCGAUUUAUGAUGACUUGAAUGAAUAUGAAACAUCAUUCAGUUUCGAAUCUAAAGCAUUAAGCAUUGAAGAACAUUCGUUACCAUCUGAUCACCCGUCUCUUGCUGUAACACACUCGAAUAUAGCAUUGACGUUGUAUGCUCUUAAUCGCAUUCCCGAUGCAGUAUCACAUCUUCAGCAGACUGUGAAUAUUCUGACCAAAGUUUUGACAUGUGAUGAUGCAUUCCUUCUCCGACACCAAACCCUCUUGGAAAAACUUCAGCGACAACUGUAA